GACUGACUCUUCUCACAAUUCUCUCAGCUACGCCAGUGGCAAUGAUGUCUAGUCUCAACCCGUCGUGUUAUCAUGGCUUCACUCCUUGACAGUCUUCUUCUCUUAUCUCUACUCCUCAUACAAUUGUCCCGUCUCGCGACUGCUCACGUGGCCCCCCUUGACCACAUCCAGAGCAGUGAAGACGAUGGGGGUCGACAGCCAGUUUCUCCCGAGUUAUUCAACUCCUUGGAAGAGCUAGCUCGAAUCGUGGAUAUUUCUUAUUGUGUCGGCAACACAGGGGUCCAAAAACCCUUCGAAUGCCUCAGUCACUGCAACGAGUUCCAGGGAUUCGAACUAGUAACUACAUGGAACACAGGUCCCUUUCUCUCUGACUCCUGCGGCUACAUUGCCCUCUCGCACAGUCCUUCCGUGAAGCGUAUUAUCAUCGCCUUCCGCGGCACUUACUCCAUCACCAACACCAUUAUCGACCUCUCUGCCUACCCCCAAGAAUACAUCCCGUACGAUACCGGCGACAACACCGGAGCAAGAUGCACAAACUGUUCCGUGCAUUCGGGCUUCAUGACCGCAUGGCGCCACACGCGCGACACCAUCCUGGAGACCGUCUCCGCCGCAAGAACUCAGUACCCAGACUACAGCGUGGUUCUCGUGGGCCACUCGCUUGGCGGCGCGGUCGCCGCCCUCGCAGGGGUUGAGAUGCAGCUGCGUGGCUGGGACCCAACAGUGACGACAUUCGGGGAACCCAAGAUCGGGAAUAAGGGGUUUGUUGAGUUUCUCGAUGGGGUUUUUUUUGAUCUCAAGACGCCUUCUGCUUCUGCCUCUGCUUCUGCCUCUUCUGUCGGGACGGGUGUGUCCCGGGAUAAGCCGUGGAAAUUUCGCCGGGUGACGCAUGCAGAUGACCCGGUGCCUCUCCUUCCACUUGGCGAGUGGGGGUACGAGUCGCAUGCGGGGGAGAUUUAUAUCUCCCGAGUGGACCUCCCGCCUUCUGUUGAGGAUGUGGUGUUCUGCGACGGAGACCAUGACGAGUUUUGUCUGUCAGGCGCAGAGAGGUCGUCGUUAUUUCUCUCUUCGCUAGCUGGCGGGCUGUCCUCGUCGUCACCACGACCUUUUGAUUCUCUUGAACGGCAGCAGCAGCAACAGGAAGUGGUCGGGCCAUUUCCACCAAAAGAGCCAGAAGAAAACAGCCAACCGCGCAACCAGAUCGGCGCUGCAUCUCGAAUUCCGUGGUUUCUUGUCCCGGCUAGAUACAGACUGUGGGAGUUGUUUUUUGCUCACCGCGACUAUUUUACCCGGAUAGGGCUUUGUGUACCUGGUGGAGAGAUCCUACGGGGUAGUUAAUCAUCGAGUUAUUCUGAUGAGAAGAAAUCAUAAUUCGGCAAAGUUGAAACAUAGCAUCUGAAAGGGGAACUUUGGAGAACUUGGCUAGGAAUGGGACCAUGCAGCUCUUGAUUGAUAAACGUAGUUAGUAGAUAUUCUUUAACUAGAUCCUGAAAAUACUGUGUAUGUAUGUAUUUUAGGCCCAGUAAGACCAGAUUAUAUCCAUCCCUCUUUACUAC